CUUUUUCGCGUUUUUUUAGGGUUAUAAACUGUAUUUGCGUAAUAAAUUUGGCAUAUUUCACAUUUCUGAGUCACGAUUUGGUAGGGUCCAUAUGUGUAGAUUGCUCAUUAAAAUGGAAUAUACAAGAAUAGGAAGUUCUUGUUCACAAGUUUCAAAAGAGGUUGGUCGAGGUCGAAUGUGAAUGGUCGGGCUCGGGCACUCUUGCACUCAAGCGUCAUUUGUUGACUGUCAAGUUCUCUACUGUAGUCUAGAUUGGUUUCUAGAAUUUGGGAGUAACAACUAAAAGAAAUCAAUAUUUUUGUAUUUUUGAAAGAAAAUAAACCAUUCAAACUGGCUUCCUACGAGGAAAACUUUAUCGGAAUGGAUGUGGAUCCGAUGCCCGGUACUUCCACAGGCAUCUCAACAGCAUUGGUGCUACAAACUCUUCCGAAGAUUGACGAAAAUGACAUAAUGAGUACUAAAUCACCAAAAGAACGAUUUUUGGAACUUCUAGAUUUAUUAGAGAAUCACGUAGAGAAACUUAGGAAGGGUGCAAGCCAGUUAGAAGAAGAUAGGGAUGCAUUACUUUCGACAUUAGAUUCUGUUCGAAAUGCAGAUUUAAUGUACGAGUUAGAAGAAAAUACUUUUCUAGAUGACAGGGACGAUAUCCACAGAUACGCCGAUAGGAUAAUGAGUCGGUGUCUGACUGUUGAGGUUAAGGUACUUACUCAACGUGAUCAAAUGCAAGAAGAAGCCCUGUUCCAAGUGAACCACCUCAUCGACGGCCUUGUGAUAGCGUUAAAGUCCGAUCCGGAAACGGCAAAGGCGAAGUGUAUUAGUUAUAUGAACGCUUGUUCCUCGAAUAUGGUGCAGGGCAUUAUGGACAAAAGAUUCGAAUCGGCCCUACUGGGAUGCACGGUAGACGAUCAAAAGAAAGUUAAAAGGAGACUGCAGGGUUUACUGCAUUAUUUCGACAAAUUAAAAGUUCAGUCGUUGCAAUAGAUAAGGCUUUUUACCUCCGCUUUCCUCAUCAAGUAAAGUAUAUACAUAUUACGUGAAGCGUUAAAAAUUAUAGUGUAUGUACUGCACAUGUGGCUAAAUUUUCUUUGCAGUUCAGUAUUGUAAAUGGUAACUAUUAAAUAGUAACUUUAAAAAAAAAAUGAGGCGUUUGUAUCGAAUAUGCUAUAUUAGUUGUACUUAUUCUUUCAGUGGAACACCUCCUUCGUUUUUUUUUUUUUUUUUCAGGCAUAUGGUACAAAAUAGUUUAAAGACAUUCUCAAUAUUCCAUUAUUAGCCUAAUUGUUCAACGUAUCUACUAUGUAUUUACAAGAAUAAAUUGUUAUAUUAUUACAAUCA